UUCUCUCCCUAGGAACUCCUCCCCGCACUCCCUUUCCAAUCCAACGGACCCGAGAUGGAUCUCCUGAAACGAGAGCUGCAGAAGAAGCGGCAGGCGCUCCAAGAAGAAGGCUUCUCUGGCAAGAAAUUCUUCAAACGCUCCGAACUCGAACAGAAGAAAAUCCAGAAGCUUCGCCAGGAAGAAAUCCAAGAGCUGCAAUCCAAAUCCCUAAAAAACCCUAACCCUAACCCUAUCUCCACCUCUCAAAACCCUAACGCUACCUCCUCACUCGCAUCCUCCAAACCCUCCUCUUCAUCCUCCAAAAUCAUAGAAUCCACCCCCGAGGAGCAGAAGAUCGAUGCCCUCGAUCUCCCCCGGGCCGAGGUCAUCCGCCGCCUCCGCUUCCUCAAGCAGCCUAUCACGCUCUUCGGCGAGGACGAUGUCGCCCGCCUCGACCGUCUCAAGCUCCACCUCAAAGCCGGGAUCCUCGACGUUGACAGUGAUAUGACUGAGGGGCAGACGAACGACUUCCUCCGCGACAUCUCGGAGCUUCGGAAGCGGCAGAGGACUGGGAUCUUGCAUGACCGGAAGCGGAAGGUGAAGGAGACGGCGGAUGCGGGGGAGGAUGCGGAUGGCGGCGGCGGGGGAGGGGGGGAUGACGAUCUGAGCGGGGAUGGCGGGUCAUCGGGGGUGGACGCUGAUAAGGAUCUGAAGCAGAUGAAGGCGAAUUUCGAGGAGUUGUGUGAUGAGGACAAGAUUCUUGUGUUUUUCAAGAGGCUUUUAAAUGAGUGGAAUCAGGAACUUCAGGAUAUGCAAGAGGCGGAGAAGAGGACUGCAAAGGGGAAGUCAAUGGUGGCAACGUUCAAGCAGUGUGCCCGGUAUCUGAAUCCUCUGUUUAAGUUCUGCAGGAAGAAGGUUCUUCCGGAUGAUAUCCGUCAAGCUUUGCUGGUGGUUGUUGAGUGCUGCAUGAAACGAGAUUACUUGGCUGCGAUGGACCAGUACAUCAAGAUGGCCAUUGGAAACGCGCCCUGGCCCAUUGGUGUGACCAUGGUUGGCAUCCACGAGCGUUCUGCACGUGAGAAGAUCUACACUAACAGUGUGGCCCACAUCAUGAACGAUGAGACAACUCGUAAAUACUUGCAGUCUGUGAAGAGGCUGAUGACGCUCUGUCAGCGGCGGUAUCCGGCCAUGCCAUCCAAGGCAGUGGAAUUCAACAGCCUAGCGAAUGGGAGCGACUUACAGUCACUUCUAUCAGAAGAAAAAGGCGUUGGUGGGAAUCAGGCCUCAGAGGAAAGACUGCGGUUAAUGCCCAUGCCAAACGAGAACCAAUCAUCCUAAACAUUGUAGCUCAUGAUCAGUUAAUCAUUGGGUGCAUACAGCUCUGGAGCCAAAGAAGUUAAAGACAUGGCUUCUUCCUAGGUUAGUUCUGUUUUAUUAUUAAUCAAGAUGGCCGUGUUCAGAGUCCUUGUAUCAAAGCAUCUGUGUGUUCGCAUACCUUGAAAUUCAGUCUUCAGUAAUGACUGUGAUAUGGAAAGGCUCAUCUCGGUGUAUGUAUAGAAUUUUUUUUUGAACAAUGCAAUUUACCUUUGUUUUUUGUUUCCCGUAAUUCUAAUUAAAUUUUGAACUAAUUCUUUUA